AUGGUCCUUGGUAAUUUUAAAGUUCCUGCUUUGCCUCUCAAUCGGGCUCAGUACAAUGCUAAGAGUAACGAGCAAGAACCAACUAAACCUGAACUUAAGAAAGAUAACAAGAAAAAGCACGGUCGCUGUCUGAUUUUGAUUUGGGAAGAUCUCAUGGAAAGGGUAAAUUUGGUAAUGUGCACUUAUCCCGUGAAAAAGUCUCAUUAUGUCGUUGCUUUAAAAAUACUGUUUAAAAGUCAAAUCCUGGAUUCGGAAAUGGAACAUCAAGUACGUAGCGAAGUGGAAAUUCAGUGUCGAUUACGCCAUCUAAAUAUUCUACGAAUGUAUGGUUAUUUUCAUGACGAGAAGAUUUAUUUGGGUUUGGAAUACGCAAAGCAUGGUGCCUUGUAUAAGCUUUUCGAAGAGCACGAGAGAUUUGACGAGGAAACCGCAGCCAUCUAUGUCAGAAAGAACAAAAGCUUUAAUGUAUUGUUACUCGAAAAAAGUUAUCCAUUGUGA